AUGUUAAACCAUCAGCUCCGUCCAACUGGAUCUGCGCCAUUCCCUGAAGCGAAUGUUGCGUCAUCCAGUCAUACUAAAAAGCCUGAACGUGAACGCAGACGCGGCAGAGGCCGUGGUCGCGUCGCGGUCGAGGUCGUGGACGUGGAAGAGAAAGUGAUGAUGGUCGAGCGCCGAUCUGUACAGGGCAUCACAACAAGCCAAAAUAAGGACACAGAGACCAACUUCAUCUCUGAUGAACCUGGUCCAUCCUUUGAUGGCUUAAGUGAUGAUUUUCAUCUGGAUGUGCCGACUAUCUCGUUGAUCCUGAAGAAUCAACUGAGCCAAAGAAAGUCAAAUCGAUGA